ACAACAAAUAUGUCAAGUACAUCACAACGCGGUAUCCAUGUACACCCAGCCGCACUCUUCUCCAUACUGGACCACUUCAUGAGAAGGCCGAUGCAGCAAGAGAGAGUUAUCGGUGCAUUAUUAGGUAGCAGGAGCAGCGAGAGCGACGUAGAAGUUAAAUCAGCCUUUGCUGUGCCACACUCUGAGAACGAUGAGCAAGCUACUGUCGAUUCUGAGCACCUCCAAAGCAUGCUUGAUUUACAUUUGAAGGUCAAUCCUAGAGAAGUUCUGGUAGGAUGGUACGCAACUGGAUCAUCCCUCAAUGCCUACUCUGCACUCAUACAGAACUUCUUCACUCAGCAAAACACACAACCAUACAACGCAGUACAUCUCACAGUAGACACUCAGAAUUUCAACUUUAAGGACGCCGUUAAGGGAUACCUUGGCAGCUCACUCGGACCGCUUCCAAAAAUGGACAACUGUGUAUUCCAAUCACUCCCGGUCGAUUUGUUGGUAAGAGAACAGGAGAAGGCAAGCUUAGAUGCACUCGCUGCACCACCAAAGCAGACAUUAGACGACAUACCAGCCCUUCGUGCUGCGCUUGAGAAACUCUCUGCACAAAUUGAUGAAGUGUUGGCAUAUGUUGAGAAGGUAGUUAGCGGUGAGGUUGAAGGUGAUGCUGUUGUCGGAAAGGCUCUUCUCUCAGCUGUCCAAUCACUCUCAACGAGGUUUGAGGAGGGAGACCUCAACAAGAUCCUCGAUGCACACAUCCAAGACACCAAGGCAGUCUCCUACUUGGCUGAUCUCAUACGCACACAGGCAGAUAUUGCAUCCAGAUUGAGCCUGCUCGGAUAGAUAGCUGGUUGACUAAUUUAAUUUAGACAAAAAAGCAAGAGUAGUGAUGAAUUAUUCAUUUGUAUAACUGUUAUUCACAAGUUUCCUUUCUCAAAACAUUUUAAUGUUGAUUACUGCUUUUGUGGUGCACCGCUAUUGACACCUACCAUUCCCCAUAAUUGUCCUUUGAGCUCUUCAGUUUGACGUUUCUGAUCCUCUUGGAUAAUCUUGGAGAAUUCUUCCUUGUUGUCAUUCCAGUAUUUUUGUUCCAAUUGAUAGAUCGCCUGCGCUUCUUUUCUCUUCAGGUCAAGAUAGCUCAAUGGUGGUUGACCUUUACCUGCAUCUGUUGAGAUGCUGACAGGAGAAGCUGGCGGUCUCAUUGAACUGGCUCCAAAGCCCCAGCCAGAUCUCUUAGGCUGAGCACCCUGGUUCUUCCAGUUUUCAAUAUGCUUUUGUCUCAUAUUCUCCUCAACCUUUGCCCAUUCAACUGGGAUAUUUGUAUCACCGUACUUUUUGAGUACUGGUCGGACAUCUGAUACAUUGAACAAGGCAAUAC